AUGGAAGAAGAUUCCAACGAUCAGACACUCUUCUGGGGCAUAAAAGUUCCAGCUGGAAAGACAAUUAACUUCAAAUACGAAGAAGAUGCAUAUCUCUUGAUAACAAACGUCUCUUUAGGCGAGCUUCCAGAAAAUCCAGUAUCAGAUCCUUGCGAACUUAUCCUUCAUUUAUCUACAGUCGAUCUUCAGAAUUUUGAUGAAGAGAAACAAGAUGCUCCACUUAUUGAUCACGAAAUCAAACUUGCAACACUUCGUGCCGGAAUUAAUGAACACGAACUCAUUUCUCAGAACUUCUCACCACUAAAUUCAAACUUCAAAUUCCAAAAUAGUGGACAAUACGACAUUUAUGUUUCUGGAUAUUACGCUCCAUUUGAAGAUGCUGAGGAAGAAGAAUACAACGAAGAAGAGGAAGGCGAUGGUGAAGAAGGUGACGAAGCUGCCGAAAACGAAACAUCCGAAGCAAAGGAGGAAGCAGCAAACAAGAAAUUAUUAGAAUUUGUUAAGAGACACACCGCAAAAUAA